AUGCCCAGGGCAAAGAAACUGUUCAACCAGCGUCAAUUCCAUGGAAACCGGUACACUCCUCUCGCAAAAGCAAAUGGAUCCCGGCGACGCAUUGAGACCCCAAACGCAGAACCUGCCAGCUCCUCAUCGUCAAAGCUUUCCAGUUUUUCUGUGUGGUUCCAAGAAGAGAACGUGCUACAGUGUGACAGUGGGUAUGUUCUAAUGGACAUGGAUGUUUUAUGUGGCGUGAUUACACAGAGCUGUGUGUGCAAACUGUGCGGUGGAAGCCUUCAGCUCGUCGAAAUAUCGUCGCAGCGAGUAGGUGUUGCCAGUGUUUACAGUUUGAACUGUGAAGCAUGCAGCGCCUCACAACGGUUUGAGACCUCAAAGAAAACGAGUUCUGGCCUCUAUGAAGCCAACCUUAGGCUGGUUUACGCCUUGAGGUGUAUUGGUAAAGGAGCGGCUGCAGGAAGUGUACUCUGUGCCAUGCUAAACCUACCUACACCGCCAACCAAAUUUGCAAAGUACAAGAAAGAGCACCUAAGUCACACUGAGGCUGUUGCCAAGGAGUCAAUGAAGCGGGCUGCUGAAGAGGCUGUGCAGCUGAAUGAUGGCGACAAGGACAUCGCAGUCGCCCUUGAUGGAAGCUGGCAAAAGCGUGGCCACACGUCUAACAAUGGUAUAGUUUCUGCGACCAGUGUAGACUCCGGGAAAGUGUUGGAUGUGGAAGCGAUGUCAAAGCGCUGUGCAAAAUGCGGCAACAAGAAUGCAUCCAGCGACCCUCGGCACAAAGAGGUGUGCCAAGGCAACUACCAAGGCACCAGUGGUGGAAUGGAAGUCACAGGAGCCCUGAACAUUUUCUGCAGGAGUGAGGAACUCCAUGGCGUGCGAUACGUCAAGUAUCUUGGGGACGGUGACAGUAAGGCCUUUUUGGCUGUGAAGGCAAAAAAGCCGUACGGUGAUUCUGUUGAAAUCUCGAAGCUGGAGUGCAUAGGACACGUCCAGAAAAGGAUGGGCACGAGAUUACGAAGGCUAAAAAAGGAAAACAAAGCAGGAAAGCUGUCAGAUGGAAAGGGCCUUUCUGGCCGAGGAAGACUGACUGAUGCAGUGAUAGACAAACUGCAAACAUACUUUGGGUUGGCCAUCAGAAGGAACGUAGGAAACCUUGAAGAAAUGCGAAAGGCUGUUUGGGCAACCUACUUCCACUUACAAUCUACGGACAACGACCCAUGCCAUGGACUUUGUCCAAAGGGCCCCGAUACCUGGUGUGCCUUCAACAAAAGUCUGUCAGAGGGCAAGCCGUUCGUCCACAAGGAGAACUUGCCUGCACCUGUCCUGGGGGCAAUCAAACCCGUGUAUCGGCAGCUUUCGCAGGCUGAGCUCCUGGAGAAAUGCCUACAUGGGCGAACCCAAAAUGCGAAUGAGUCAUUUAACCAUGUUGUUUGGGAACGCGCGCCAAAGAAUGUCUUCACAACAUAUUAG